AUGGCCAAACUGCUGUCUUACAAGGAAAUCGCUGAACACAACUCGCAGGACGACCUGUGGAUGAUUAUCGAUGGCAAAGUGUACGAUUGCACCAAGUUCAUGGACGAGCAUCCAGGUGGUGAGGAAGUACUGCUAGAUCUCGGUGGCCAAGAUGCAACGGGUCCUUUCGCCGAUAUCGGUCACUCCGACGACGCUGUCAAAAUGCUGGCCGAUCUAUAUGUAGGAGACCUCGACACGGAAAGCGAGCCUGUUUUCAAGAAGGAGGCCGAACCAGCGUCUGCCACAACGGGCGGAGAGGGCAACGGCGUGUUUGUGAUUGCCAUCCUGGUUGUCGUGGCUGCCAUUGUCUACUUUUUCGUCAACAAAUCAUCCUGA